CAGUGCAGACGACGCUAACAUGGCAGCGUGUCGGGUGCUGCGAUCUCUCUCCACUUCCCAUUUAUCACCUUGUUUUAGGGCCUAUCAGUACCACAAUGGAAGUCUUGCCAGUCUAGCAAGGUCCAGGGGCUUCCCAGCACUCUUCCAGGUGCGCAACUAUGCAGAGAAGAAGGUAUUCCAGAGAGACAAGCCCCACUGUAACAUCGGGACAAUUGGUCAUGUUGACCACGGCAAGACCACUCUGACAGCUGCCAUCACCAAAGUGCUGUCUGACAAGGCCCUUGCGAGUGCAAAGCGGUACGAUGAGAUUGACAAUGCCCCAGAGGAGAAGGCCAGAGGUAUCACCAUCAAUGUUGCUCAUAUUGAGUAUGCUACAGACAAGAGGCAUUAUGGCCACACUGAUUGCCCAGGCCAUGCUGAUUACAUCAAGAACAUGAUCACAGGCACCUCCCAGAUGGACGGAGCCAUCUUGGUGGUGGCAGCAACAGACGGUGUUAUGCCGCAGACCAGGGAGCAUCUUACUCUUGCCAAACAGAUUGGCAUCCAACACAUUGUCAUCUUCAUCAACAAGGUGGAUGCUGCUGACGAAGAAAUGAUAGAGUUAGUGGAGAUGGAGAUCCGUGAAUUGAUGAGCGAGAUGGGCUACGAUGGAGAUAACAUCCCCGUUGUGAAGGGUUCUGCUCUCUGUGCCCUUGAGGAUAAGAGUGAAGAUAUUGGAGUGAAGGCUAUUGAAGAACUCAUGAAACAUGUUGAUGAAGAGAUUCCAACUCCAGUGAGAGAGUUAGACAAACCAUUCUGCCUGUCUGUGGAAGGCGUUUAUUCUAUAGCAGGACGUGGCACAGUGGUAACAGGCCGGCUGGAGCGUGGCAAGAUCAAGAAGGGCAUGGACUGUGAAUUCAUUGGCUACAACAAGAAGAUUAAGAGCACCAUCACGGGCAUUGAGAUGUUCCACCAGAUCUUAGAGGAGGCCCAAGCUGGGGAUCAGCUCGGGGCCUUGGUGCGCGGCCUGAAGAGGGAUGACGUCAAGCGCGGCAUGGUAAUGGCCAAGCCAGGAACAAUGAAGUCACACGACAACGUGGAGACGCAGGUGUACGUCCUCAGCAAGGAGGAGGGUGGUCGCAGCAAGCCGUUCACCUCGUACAUCCAGCUGCAGCUCUUCAGCAAGACCUGGGACUGUGCCGCUCAGGUGAUUGUCACGGAGAAGGAGAUGGUCAUGCCUGGGGAGGAUGCCAAGCUGACUUUGCGACUCCAGAAACCCAUGGUCAUGGAAAAGGGACAGCGCUUCACACUGCGUGAUGGCUCAGUCACUCUGGGAACAGGUGUAGUCACUAAUAUCCUGGACAACAUGAAUGAGGCUGAACGUGCCGAUCUGAUGGCAGGCAAGAAGGCCCGAGAGAAGAAGGCCGCUGCUGGCAAAUAAAGAACUGCGGAGAGAGAGAGAGAAAGGGAAAGAGGAAUGACAGCUGGUGAUUGCAGCGGACUUUCCACAAACACUUAGAGGAAUUGGUUAGAGGAAUCGGUUAGAAAAAUGCCAUUAACACUAAAGAUGUACAGGCUAUAAUAUAUCCUUGGGUAAAACAUUGUUGUUGGUGUUGAUGAUAUUAUGUAUAUUUAUAUAUAUAUUUUAUUCUAAAGCGCUGCGAAUGAUGAAAGAAAAAUGAUCUUUGGUGUCUAUUAUGUGGACUGACAAGAAUCUUAAUUGAAUCAGUGUCUGAUGGGAAGUGGCAUUUUGUCUUUUAGGGAGAAAGAAGAGUCUGAAAAAUUACAUUAUAGUAGAAUUCACGAAUAUUUGAAAGUAUGACAUGUUGAGAUAAGUAUGUAAAUAUAAGAAAGACAUGAAUUUUAUUUCCAGUGAAUUUGUCUAAAGAAAAAAAAAGAAAGAAAACACCACAGCCUAUAUUCAGCUUGUAAUUGAAACAGCAAAUUGUUAAGAAGUUUAUUAACAUGUACUGUAUAUAAACAAACGUUGAAAAGUAAGUGCAUUCUCAGUCACGCACUGCAAAUCUCUUUAUGGAAAUGUUAGGAUUCAAAUUCCUUUGGUUCAUGACCAGUUAUUAUAUGUAUUGUUCAGUUUAUUAACUUUUGUAAAUAAAAUUGAAAUGUUUAGUAAAA